AUGGCAGCUCCGCCAGCCCAGACCCUCACCGAGGACGACAUGUACCGCACAUCGACCCAAUUCCGCCUUUGGUCCUUCAGCGAGUCCGCCCUCCUCUCCCUCCGUCAAAACACCCACGAAGCCGCCCUCCAACAAGCCCGCUCCUACCUCUCCGAAUCAGACCUGUCCUCUCUGCCUACCGCAUACGACGAACUGCGUCUGGUACAGCGCUACUGCGACCAAGUCCGCUCUACCUCCGACUUCUUCCAAUGGUCUGUCAACGUCAAAGCCACCGCCGUCCAAUACCUCAAGCGCUUCUACACUACAAACUCCGUCAUCACGUACCCGCCCAAGGAAAUCUACAAGAGCGUCUUAUUUCUGGCCAGCAAGACUGAAGGCGUCCACAUGAGUCUUUCUGAAUACGCGCGGCGUAUAAAGACAGAUCCUAAAAAUGUCCUGGCUCCCGAAUAUAAAAUCAUUCAAGCUCUGCGCUUCACUCUGGAUGUACGGCAACCUUUCCGCGCGCUCAAGGGAUGCUUCAUGGAUCUCUUGAACCUCGCCGAAGGCAAUGGUGCGCCCCUGCCUUUCCUCUCCACAACUCCCUCGGCUCUGCAAUCUCAAAUGUGCGAAUUGCCUCCACCACCACCGGGCUCGCGAACACAAUGGCAACCUCCCCAAUCCAUCGGCCCAAAAGAAGCUUCAGACAGAGCUCACUGCGCCUACGGCAUCGCCCGCCAUAUCCUCGACGCUCCGGCCUUGCUCACUGACGUCUAUUUUCUCUUCACACCACCCCAGAUCUAUCUCGCUGCUCUAAAACUCUCGGAUCCUAUCCUGUUCACUUUUUACCUCUCCACGAAAAUCCCUGCUACAUCUCCUUCGCAUGAUGUUAUCAUAUCCACGAUAUCGCAAUGUGCAGAUAUGAUGGCGAGCUUUGACAACAAGGCCGUGAUGAGUAAAGACGAACGAGCAGAUCUAGAAGCCAGACUAGAAGUAGUCAGGGAUCCAAGCACGAGAGAUCUGAUCAAAAAGCAUGAAAAUGUCAAGCGAGGAGGUUUGGGAGAGGGAGAGAUAGAUGGAGAAAAGGCAGAAAGGAAGAAGUUGGCACGAGAAAAGAGUUUCAGGGAAGGUGAGGAUUUGUUUGGUCCUGCGUUGAGUGUGCAGCAGAAGAGAUGA